CGGGGGAGCCGGACCGGACCCUGUUCGUAGGGAACCUGGAGAGCCGCGUGCGGGAGGAGAUUCUCUACGAGCUCUUCCUGCAGGAAGAUCUACGUAUAAAAGAUUGAUCAUCAGAGCACAUGGUUGUUACUACUAGUUCUUGAAGAACCAGAUAAUCUGCAUUAGACAAAUCUUGAGCAGCACACUGGAUACUUGUAGGAAACUUGCAGAUUAGGAAAAAAAAUUGCUUUGAGAUUCAAACAGCUCUGGAAAAAAUAAAGCAGAGUUGAAAAAGUUCUGGCUGAGUUGCCAUUACUUUGAAAUGUGCCUUCCUUUAAAAAACAAAUACUUCAAGAUGUUUGAUGAUGCAAGAUCACUUUUCUGAAGACUCCCUGCACAGGAUAGCCUGGGCUGAAUCUUCUGCCUAUCUCGAUCAUCAUUCUGCAGCAAUAGAAUUAGAAAAAAAAUGUUUCUUGCAGGCUGGACCAUUAACCAAUGUGACCAUAUGUAAGGACAAAGAAGGAAAGCCCAAGUCUUUUGGAUUUGUCUGCUUUAAGCACACAGAAUCAGUGCCUUAUGCUAUAGCUUUGCUGAAUGGAAUCCGUUUAUAUGGAAGACCAAUUAAAGUACAGUAUCGAUUUGGGAGUUCCCACUCACCAGAGUUAAACAGCCCUAGCCAAGGUUUUGAGAACUGGGUUGACAUAUAUUCACCAACAUAUAGGAAUCAAGAGCCUUAUGGCAGUCCUCCAUUUCCCAUUACUCCUUUUCCAAUGAACAAUAGUUUACCUCAGGAAUAUUCAGUCUUUCAAAAGAUGGUGAGCCAUUUUUUAACCCAGCAGUAUGCUGUUUACAGUCCAAUGGAACAGCAGCUUGCUUACUAUCAGAUGACUCCACCACCAUCUUCAGUUUUUCCCAUGCCACCCUAUAUGAAUCCUGUUGAGGAUUUUAAAGCUGGGCAAAGCUCUUUUGAGUGGAUUCCUCCACAGCUGAGUGACUGUGAAUCAUACCUGGCUAAUGAAAAUGCUUGUAAAAGAAAAAGAGAGCAGCAAACUAGUGAUAGUGACAGUAGCAUGGAAAAUGACAGAAAAAAACAAAGAGAAUAUGGCCAAAAAUACCGUAAAUGUAAAAUCAAGAAAAAAAGGCACUAAUACUGUGUGACUGAGUUCACAGGUUUUUUUAAUUGCACUUUUAUUUGUUCCUUUUAUUUGAGAGUGAGCAUCUCUCUCAUUUUUGCACUUUACAAAAAUGGAUUCACGAGAUUCAUGACUAUUAUUUUUUAAAUGUAGUAUGUGUAAAGUAUCCUGACAUUGCAGUUAAUCUUAACAUAUUUGGAGGAAGAAAUACUUCUAAAAAGGUAUAGGAAAAGUAUUGUAAAAGUUGAACUUUUCCUAAUAAAGGACAAAAGCACUAUUGUUUCCCUUCACAACCUGCAUUCAGGUUAGAAUCAGUGAAGUAGGAAAAAGAAUUCUGAGUACUGUUUGAGUCAGUGCAUUAUAUGUAUUGUAAAGCACAAAAUUUCCAUAACAUCUUAUUUAUUAUACACAUAAGGAAAAUACUGCACCCAGCACAAAACACUGUGUACAAAGUAUAACUUCAUCUAUCUUGGUUAAGUGGAGAGAACAUUACUUAAGAUUAAACAGUUAUGUCUUGUGAGUCAUAAUUCAUAGGCUGGAAAAGUUCCUACUCCCCAAAUUGCCUUGCUUUUACAUUUAAAUUUACUCAAUUAUUUUUUUCAUCAACACAAUUACUAAAAAUCUAGGAAGUUACUAGUUAAGGAAACGUGAAUCAUCUGUGCAUAUGUAUAGGUAUAGGGGACUGAUUUUCAUUUAUACUAAGACCUGUUUACAUAACUCUGGGAAUGUUAAGGGACCUUAAAGUGAGUGUAAAUGUAACGUAUACCCACUUUGCUAAGAUAUGAUGCUUGAUGAAUGUAUGCAAAAAUUCCAUUACUGUACAGGAAAAGUUAUGAUCAUGGGAACUAUAACAGUAACUGAAAUCCUGGUUUUGUUACUACAUCUAACUUCCUUUGCAGUCAAAUGCUAAUGAACUAACAAGGAACUGUAUGAAUCAAGACAUGGGGAGAACAAGUGAAAACGUGUGCUUGGGUUAUGGGUAAAGGAAGUUGUAACAAUGCUGGUUCUGGCGGGACCCAACUGAGAGAGUCAAUUCAGGACAAAUUGC